UACCUUUAUUUGUUGACAAACCUGCAAAUACAAAACUCAAUUUAUAUUAAUACGUUUUUAAUGAUGUAAAAUACCAAUGGAGUAAAAAAAAUAUCUGAAGUAACUUUCAAAACAUAUGAAUGCGCAUCUCUUAUAUACACCCAUCACGCACUUCCCACAGCUAUCUACAGCUCCCAUUUAAUGCUUUCGUACACUGCCACCAACAUUAUCAGAAGACGAAUUCGCAUUCGCAACUGCAUCAUCACCUUCAACCGCUAUUUCCGCAUUACUAAAUACAAUAAAUCCAAUACACAUGAGAUCAUAAAAUUACUGCAACUGCAUAUGUACGAUCGACUAUGGAUCGCAGCAAAAAUAAUAGUUUAGAAUUUGGUAAGAACUCAGCGGCGUCGGCCGCCAAUGCAGGCGCAAUGUCAGCACCCUGGGCGAAUAAUAAGGAGUCUGCGUCACAGCCGAAUGAGGAUGAUUCGCCGGAGGAUGACGCUGAUACUGCCACACCAGCAAAGGUUACCGAUCCAUUGGCGCCAAAACUGGCCAAUAAUGAGCGCGUGCUCGUCGUUUCCGUCACAGAGCGCACCCGUGAGACGUGGAGUCAGAAAGCGGAGUUCUUAUUAGCAGUCAUUGGUUUCGCUGUCGAUUUGGGUAAUGUUUGGCGCUUUCCCUAUAUUUGCUAUCAAAAUGGCGGCGGUGCUUUCCUCAUACCCUACUGUGUGAUGCUGAUAUUUGGAGGCUUGCCGCUCUUCUAUAUGGAACUGGCGUUGGGUCAAUUUCAUCGUUGCGGUUGUUUGAGUAUAUGGAAGCGCAUUUGCCCGGCACUUAAAGGUAAAUUAAAAAAAAGGAAACAAAAUACUACCUAGGUACAAAGCGCAAUACUUUGCCAUUAAGCGCUCAAGGAUAUACACAUAAAACGAAAGCAGGAAAGCAAAUAUCUUAAGCAUGCCAUGGGGGAAAUAUAAAGGAGGCAAUAAAAAAAAACCAACAACUUGUUGAUUCUUUAUUCGAGCGCAAGCGUAUUUAUCGCAAAUCAAGCAAAUUCCACAGGUGGCUGCUCCGUAUUUUGCUCUGUAUUGUUGCAUUUUCCUUAAGGCCGUACAAUUCGUUUCCUGUGCUGUUUGGAUAGCUUGUUGUGGCUGCACUUUUAAUCCCACGUGAUUUCUC